AUGAUAACAGAUUGUAGUCAGAAUGACUUUCAAACAUUUGAAGAGGUUAUAAAGCGUGCUAAUAUUUCAUCCUUCAGAGAGUGUGAUCCUCAUUCUGAACCUGAUGCUGAUACUGGGCCUAACCCUUAUACUGACACUGAUCCUCAUGUAGAUCCUCAAACUGUGCCUGAUCCUCAUGCUGAGCCUAAGCCUCGCACUCAACCUGCUCCUCACACUGGGCCUGCUACUCAUGCUGAGUCUGAUCCUCAUGCUGAGUCUGAUCCUCAUGCUGAAGCUGAUCCUCAUGUUGGACCUGAUCUUCAUGCUGAGCUUGAUCCUCAUGCUGAGCCCAAUCGGCUUGAUCCUCAUGCUGAGGCUGAUCCUCACACUGGGCCUGCUCUUAAUGCAGAUUCUGAUCCUCAUGCUGAGUCUAAUCCUCGGACUCAGCCUGAUCCUCAUACUGGGUCUGAUCCUGAUGCUGAGCCUGAUCCUCACACUGGGCCUAAUUCUCAUGCUGAGCCUGGUUUUUAUACUCAGCCUAAUCCCCGUUCUAAACCAGGUUCUUAUAUUGAUACUUCUCCUUGUGCGGGGAGUGAUAUCCGUCACUGUGCGCGCGAGAGUCAUUUUUUUUUAUUUUGGAGAGCCCAACAUGAGGGUAGCAAGGAUCCCCUCUUCAUUCCCUACACCGGCAGUAGCAAUUUGUACAUCAAAGAAUCAUGUGAAUACCCUGUACAAAAUCGAUAUAAAGAUGACUGUCCAUUUGUAAUAAUUGGCAUAGUUAGACAGUAG